CGAAUAUCUCAACAUUUCGAGCAAUUUUUAUUAUAUAUUAUUUGACAAUAUCAAUAGGUACUCUAGAUCGAAAGAAUUUCAUGAGAAUUCAGAGUUCACAUUAUAUCCACCAGUUUAUGAAAUCUAGCUAUUCUCGUACAUUCAUGAGUCAUGACAUUCACCAGUAGAUUCUAGAAAUCUUUAGAAAUCCAUGGAAAUUUCUAGUGCGCAUGGUCAACCAAUCGCAGCAUAUAAAUAUAGGAGUGACAGCACUAAUGGCGCAAUUACGAUAGUUUUAAAUUUGAAGUUACAAAAACCACUUGGAAAAGUUCGUCAGUGUGUCAGUGAUAAAGUACAACAUAUUUAUUAAUUAAUUAUAUUUAUCAAAAAAUAGUCAACCGCAGGGCAAGUCAUAAUGUCGCUUUUUCCUUACGUUUUUCGUGACAUGAUGAGACCAUUGAAGUUGUUGGAACAGCACAUGAAACUUGCAGAAGAGAUAUUUCAUCCCACAACAUUUGGUGCCUGGAAUAACAGACCAAGAUAUACAAUAGAACUGGGUGAUGACAUUUCUAAACGGGACUCCGUUAUUCAGGAUAAAGAUAAGUUCCAAGUGAAGGUGGAUGUGCAAGAUUUCAAGCCAGAAGAAAUAAUUGUCAAGACUCUGGAUGGGAAUGCAAUUCAAAUUGAGGCAAAACAUGAAGAAAAACAGGUGGAUAAUGAUGGAUUCAUUUUGAAACAGCUAGUCAGGAGAUUUGUGCUGCCAAGGGGGCAUGAUUUGAAGAGUGCAGUAUCAAGUUUAUCUUCAGAUGGAGUGCUUACCAUCACUGCACCAAGGAAUGUUGAAGGUCUAGAGGAAAAGGUGAUUCCUAUAACACAUGAAUCAAAGGAAACCCCUAAGGAAGGCAAAUAGAUAUGUGUCAGAGACUCUAUUAUUAUUGUUGUGAUAGUAUAGGUAUACCUAUAUUAUUAUAAAUAGGUACAUAGACUUAUGUGUUUUUAUUCAAAUUUGACUGAAUAAUAAGGGUUGUACACCUAUAUUAUAUUCCAAUGAAAAAUAAAUAUUUUGAUGCCUUCAGCAAUCUGUGUUUUAUUGUUUACUACCUAAAAAUUUU